AUGCCUACCAGGAAAGUGAUCCAGCCCUUUAAGCUCCUAGGAAUUUUAGAUGUCGAAAACAUUCCUUGUGCACGGGACUCAAUAUUAUAUGGUUCAAUAGGAUCCGUUGUGGCUGGCCUUGGACAUUUCUUGUUAACUAGUAGAAUUAGAAGAUCAUGUGAUGUUGGAGUAGGCGGAUUCAUCUUGGUGACUUUAGGAUGCUGGUUCCAUUGUAGGUAUAAUUAUGCAAAGCUAAGAAUACAGGAAAGAAUUGCCAGAGAAGGAAUUAAAAAUAAGAUUUUAUAUGAAAGUACCCACCUAGAUCCUGAAAGAAAACAAACCAACGGUGACAGCAGCAACUGAGCAGAGUCUUGUGUAUAGAAAACCCCAGAACACCUCCCUGACGUAACUCAAGUCAGUGCGAGCAAAGCUGAGAUCAACUCUGUCAAACGUUGUAUGUACCGUAAGAAGGCUUUCAAUCCAGCAAAUAAAGUAUGUGUAAGUUGUA